AUGUCGAGGGUUGCAGCAGCUGCUUCAACAUUCCCGUCGCCGACGACGCUCCGGGAGCUCAUUAUGAGCUCCGGCGCCGAAUUGGCGGGAAACGAAUUCGCCGGCGGCGACGACGUCGAGGCGCAGCCGCCGGUCCGGCGAGUCUCAUUCGUUCUCACCUUCACUAAUCUCACCUACACCGUCGAAGCGCGCGCCCGAUGGAAAGACGUCAUCCGCCGCCAGAAAAACCGCUCCGGCAGUACUGUUAUUCUCGACGACAUUUCCGGCGAGGCGCGCGACGGCGAAAUUUUGGCGGUUAUGGGUGCGUCCGGGUCGGGAAAGUCGACGCUGAUCGACGCCCUGGCCGCCGCCGCCGCCGGAAGUUCGAUCAGGCUCAACGGCGAGCGGUUGGAGUCGAGGUUGAAGAAGGCGAUCUCGGCGUACGUUAUGCAGGACGAUCUUCUCUUCCCCAUGCUCACCGUCGAAGAAACCUUGAGAUUCGCGGCGGAGCUCCGCCUGCCGCGGAGCCUCGCCGCCGGGAAGAAGAAGCUCCGAGUGGAAGCUUUGAUCGAUCAGCUCGGCCUCCGCAAAGCCGCCCGCACUUUGAUCGGAGACGAAGGGCACCGCGGCGUCUCCGGCGGAGAGCGGCGGCGCGUGUCCAUCGGCGCCGACAUUAUCCACGACCCGAUUCUGCUGUUCCUCGACGAGCCGACCUCCGGCCUCGACUCCACCAGCGCUUUCAUGGUGGUCAAGGUUUUGCAGAGAAUCGCCAUGACUGGAAGCAUCAUCGUCAUGUCUAUACACCAGCCCAGCCAUAGAAUCAUCAAAUUGUUAGAUCGGAUGAUCUUCCUCUCCCGCGGGAAGGUCGUCUAUGGCGGAACGCCGGCGAAUCUCCCGGCGUUUUUCGCCGAUUUCGGCCGGCCGAUCCCCGACGGCGAAAAUUGGGCGGAUUUCGCCCUAGAUUUGAUCAAAGAAUUGGAAGAUUAUCCAGAAGGAACUAAAACCCUAAUUCAAUUAAACAAAUCAUGGCAGCCACUGAAAGGGGAUUUCGAAGUCCAACCCCAAUUAUCCCUAACAGAAGCCAUAGCCGCCACCAUUAUUCGAGGUAAGCUAUUCUCCGACGCGGCGGCGAUCGCCGGCGCCGUAGCGGCAGCAUCAAUGGUCCCCAAAUUCGCAAACCCAUUCUGGAUCGAAUUAUCAGUCCUGUCCAAAAGAUCAUUCACGAAUUUCCGGCGGAAUCCAAAGUUACUGACAUUCCGAUUGGCGGCGAUCACGGCCACCGGAAUUAUCCUCGCCACCGUCUUCCACAAACUCGACAAAUCCCCAAAAGGCAUCCGCGAAAGGCUAGGGUUCUUCGCGUUCGCCAUGUCCGCGACCUUCUACACCUGCGCAGACGCCCUGCCGAUCUUCCUGCAAGAAAGGUACAUUUUCAUGAGGGAGACGGCCUACAACGCCUACCGGAGAUCGUCGUACGUUCUCGCCAUUUCCUUCGUCUUCCUCCCGCUGCUGAUAAUCCUCGCCGCCGUGUUCGCCGUCGUCACUUUCUGGUCGUUGGGGCUCGGCGGCAGCUUCUUCUUCUACUUCCUGAUAAUCCUGGCCUCCUACUGGGCCGGAAACUCCUUCGUGACCUUCCUCUCCGGCGUCGUCCCGGAGGUGAUUCUCGGCUACAUAAUCGUCGUGACUCUCCUCGGCUGCUCUCUGCUGUUCAGCGGCUUCUUCAUCAAUGGCGAUCGAAUCCCUAAAUUCUGGAUAGGGCUGCAUUACAUCUCCCUAAUCAAGUACCCCUACGAGGCGGUGCUGAAGAACGAAUUCCAGGAUUCCGGCGAGUGCUUCGUCCGCGGCGUUCAGAUCUUCGACGGCACGCCAUUGGCGGCGGCGCCGGAGGCUCUGAAAAUUGAGGUUUUGGGGAGAAUGGGUAUUAGCGGAUUGAAUAUAACGGCGGUGACCUGUGUGAGCGACGGGGAGGAGAUUCUCCGGCGGCAGGCGGUGAGCGGGCUGAGCAAGUGGGGCUGCCUCUGGGUGACGGUGGGGUGGGGUUUCUUCUUCAGGAUACUUUUCUACGUGUGGCUCGCCGCCGGCAAGAGAAGAUAG